AUGAGUUUGAAGCAGUAGCGGCGGUCAUCUCCUUCCUCUGCUGCUGCAUCUGCCGAUGCGAAGCUUUCAUUCCUUCACAGAUGUUCUCGGGAGGGCUGCUCACACGCCGGGCGCCUUUCCAUCGCAGUAGCGUCGCCCUGCACUCUGUCAACCCCUUUGCGAACAUCCUCAACGCCAUAAGUGAGCGCACACAGACAGCAAGCACAGGCAACGAUCUCCUCAAUCAUGCCAUUUAUCAUUGGCUGUGUCCGUGUGUGUGUGUGUGGUGUGGGUGUGCAGCUACAGGCAUGACAGACCCAUUGGACGAGUUUGAUCCGAAGGGCUUCCUUCGGCAGUUUGCCUUUCCGAAGGCCCAGAAGAAUGAGAACAUACUCGAGGGCGUGGAGUGGCCGCCAGGUGGGGUGCGCACUGCACUAAUGGCCAGCCACUUCCUCUGUGGGCAUUGUCAAUCUGUCCAUCCAUCCAUCCAUGUGUCGGUGCAUGGCAUGCAUCAGAGUUCCCCUUCACCGAUUCCUCCUUUCGCCGCUUCGACGAGUCGCAUGACGGCCGAUUCUACGACAGCCCGCGGCUCGUGCAACACAUCGGUACGCUGGCACACACAUCCACACAGCCAUCAGGCACAUCUCUGGGCGGCUGUGCCGGGCCGGCCCACCUGUUUGUGUGCAGACGAUGGUGCGCGAGCUGCCUUGACGUGGUACUACACCAACGCCCUUCCAGGCGGCGAGAACACGGCCCACCUGGACCUGUGCAGCAGCUGGGUGAGCCACUUCCCAACCGACUACCGGCCCAAGAGGUACGUAAGGGGUGAAAAGAGGGAGGCGAGAUGGCCUGUGCUAUGAUGCGAAGCUCACACCUGGGGUACGUGUCUGUGUGUGCGUGCGCGUGCGUGUGUAGGUGCGCUGGGUUGGGCAUGAACGAGUACGAGCUGUCACAGAACGAGAAGCUCACGGUAAGCCAUACGCGCACACGGACACACACACACACAGAGAGAGAGAGAGAAGUGCUCUUGUGUGUAUGGUUUGAUUGGUGCGGUCGCAUCGGUGUGGGUGCAGGAGCGUGUGGUUCACGACAUGAACAAGGACCCGCGGCUGCCGUUCGAUGACAACUCGUUCGACGUCAUCACCAAUGUCGUCAGCGUCGACUACCUCAAUAAGCCAAGAGAAGUAUUUCGGGAAAUGUACAGGUAGCUACGUGGGUCCGCCAACCGCCGCACACAAAUCACAUCGCCCUCACCGGUGACCCACACACAUGCGUGUGUGUGUGUUUGAGUUUUCACAGGGUGCUGAAGCCAGGCGGUUUGGCCAUCAUGUCCUUCUCAAACCGAUGCUUCCCUACCAAAGCAAUCGCGGUCAGCCAGCCGGCAUCAACGCAAACCAUGUGUGCACGUCUGUGUGUCUGCCUGCCUUCUUGCCUACCUGCCUGUAGGUGUGGCUGCAAAGCAGCGACUUGCAGCACUGUGGAAUAGUGGGCAGCUACUUUCGCUAUGCCAACUUCACAAACAUACAGGUGCGCAUGGCAUGCGUGUGUGUGGUGUGAGUGGUGUUUCUAGCAUCGUUUGAGCGUCCCUGCCUGCGUCUGUGCACCAUGUGUGCAGGCGUAUGACGUGUCGCGGCCGAUGAGUGACCCGAUGUAUGUUGUGAGAGGCAACAAACCUGACACGUGACGUCACAUGUGCGAAGCCAUGGACGUGUACGUGAUGCGAUGCGAUGCAAUGCUCGACGCCUGAUGUGGG